AUGCAUCUUUCCAAACUAUUCACUCUUUCAACAUCGUUAUUCUAUGUGGUUGCGGCAUCCAUAGAUAAUGACGUAUCGGUUCUAGCUAAGGAGGCUGCGCGAGCCAACAACCAGUCGCUAUUAUGGGGUCCCUACAAGCCUAACCUCUACUUUGGGGUUCGCCCUCGGAUUCCAAAUAGUCUGUCCGCGGGGUUGAUGUGGGCGAAAGUAGAUGAUUACGCCACGGCUCAGUCCAACUUCAGGCACACCUGCGAACAGAAUGAAGGGAUGGCAGGUUAUGGAUGGGACGAGUACGAUAUUCGGAAGGGCGGGCGCCAAACAAUUCAUGACGCUGGAAACUCCCUGGAUCUGACAAUUGACUUUAUCAAGGUCCCUGGCGGACAGCAUGGAGGAAGCUGGGCUGCCCGAGUAAAAGGUGUCCCGCGGGACGAUGCACCCCCGGACCAGCCUACAACAGUUGUCUUCUACAGUGCUCUGGAGGGGCUCGGUAACCUGGGACUUCACACCAAGUCUGACGACUCGCGUGGUUUUGAGGGAGAUGUGAAGCUGGCUGGUUAUACCUCAGAUCUUGGUGACUUUACAAUUGAUGUGACUGAGGGCCCUAAGACCAACGAGUAUCCGGAACAUGAACACCCAAGCUAUGAGGACAAGCCAUUGGACCGUACCUUGGUGUCCAGUUUGACUAUACCCCCGGAGCACGCGUGGCAGACGAAAGUGAUCCUGUUCUCGCAGAUGAAGGAGGGUGUAAGCGAAACUAUCGAGAAGUAUGGAGCGGAAAACCCUCCGCCCCCAUCGCAAGUCUUCACCAUCAAGAAUGCGCCAGGUGAUGGUAAUGUUCAGCUUGUGCAGAAGGUUUUUAAAGGGGCAUUUGAGUUUGAUAUCCUAUUCUCGUCUGGGUCCUCGCCCAAACCUGUGACAUCCAGCCUUCUUACCCAAGAAAUCACAAGUGCUUCGGUAGCUUUUGCUGAGCGCUUCGACAAGAUACUCCCCCCGCAGGCUCCCUUUGAUUCCGAUGAAUACACGGAAUUCUCCAAGUCAAUGCUUUCCAAUCUCGUUGGUGGCAUAGGCUACUUCCACGGUACCGAUAUUGUUGACCGCUCGGCAGCGCCAGAGUACGAUGAGGAGAAUGAAGGCUUCUGGGAAGAAACAGCGGAGGCAAGGGCAAGGGCUCAACCUGUCCUUGAAGGCCCAAAGGAUCUCUUUACCUGUGUCCCCUCUCGGCCUUUCUUCCCCAGAGGAUUUCUCUGGGACGAGGGUUUCCACCUGAUUCCGGUCGUUGAAUGGGAUACAGAUCUUGCGCUUGAAAUCGUGAAGAGUUGGUUAAGCUUAAUGGACGAAGAUGGGUGGAUUGCUCGGGAGCAAAUCCUGGGCGCUGAGGCGCGCAGCAAAGUUCCACCUGAGUUUACCGUCCAGUACCCUCACUACGCCAAUCCCCCAACCCUUUUCAUUAUUCUGGAAGCGUUCCUCGAUAAGUUAGAUGCCAACAAAAAUAUCUCAGUCGAACAAUCUUCUGAAGAUAUCGCAGAGCGUCUUCGUUCUGCCUAUGUGCAACAACCGGAGUUGGGUGAAGCUUAUAUUCGCUCAAUCUAUCCACUACUGAAGAAACAUUAUUUCUGGUAUAGAAACACUCAGAAAGGUGACAUUAAGUCCUACGACAGAGAGGCCUUUUCCACCAAGGAGGCGUACCGCUGGCGGGGCCGGUCUGUCCAGCACAUCCUAACAUCUGGGUUGGACGAUUAUCCUCGGGCACAGCCCCCACACCCCGGCGAGCUACACGUGGAUUUGAUCAGUUGGAUGGGGAUGAUGACUCGCUCUCUCCGGCGCAUUGCUGAAAGGUUGGGGGAGACCGAAGACGCUGAAGAAUUCAAGUACUAUGAAACUGCAAUUGGACGGAAUGUCGACGACCUUCAUUGGGACGAACAGGCGCAGACAUAUUGCGAUGCGACUAUUGACGAGUAUGAGGAAAGUGUUCAUGUCUGCCACAAGGGAUACAUUUCCAUCUUCCCCUUCCUCACGGGCAUGGUGAGCCCCGAUAGCCCUCGGCUAAAGGCCAUCUUGGACUUGAUCAGCGACCCAGAAGAGCUCUGGAGCGAUUUUGGUAUUCGCAGUCUAAGCAAGAAGGAUGAGUUCUACGGGACUGCUGAGAAUUAUUGGAGGAGUCCUGUAUGGAUCAACAUCAAUUAUCUGGUGUUUAAGAACCUUUAUGACGUCGCGACCACUCCUGGUCCACACCAAGAACAGGCCCGUGAAAUGUACUCCAAGCUGCGGAAGAACGUAGUUGAGAAUGUUUUCAAGGAAUGGAAGAAGACCGGGUUUGCUUGGGAACAGUAUAACCCAGAAACAGGCAAGGGACAGCGGACGCAGCAUUUCACUGGGUGGACUAGUAUGGUGGUAAAAAUGAUGUCGAUGCCCGAUCUUCCUGUGACUGAGAGCAAGGGGCACGAUGAGCUAUAG